AUGAUGGCGUAUGUACUGGCGUACGGAUAGGUAGAAUAAUAGUCCAGGCGAGAAAACGCUAACGGCUGAUGCCAUCUGGUACUCUCCGUAUUUGAACACCUUCCGAUCAUUGGACUAAUAACACAAACCAGGAUGAAUGAUGAGCUUUGAUAGUUUCAUCCGAAACAGAAGUAAUAGGGGCCUGACUUAUGAAACCUUGGACUCUGUUGUAUGUAAGUUAAUGUGUAUAAUUAGAGGUAUUGUAUAACAUGAGACCACCAAGGUGUUAUGGAUGCCGACUGCCAAGGUUAACGCUGUUGGGGCUGAUUUGUUUGACGGUAUGGAUAUUUACUUUAUUCAUCUUUAGACAAGCUUGGAUGUCCUACCUACCAUUUGUCAACCCGUUUACCUACACACACACCUGGGUCUCAGACACCGCUUCCGGGACACCAGUAACACCUGUAUACGUCGUUGAGGAGCAUCACGAAGCACUAUUGUACUGGUACAAGGCAGCAGAGAAGGGUUUAAUCAAACCACAGGGAAACGUUCUUCUUCAUAUCGACGGCCACUCUGAUGGCGCUCCCCCGGAGCAACGUGAUAUCAUUCCAAAGUUCCGACGGCCGACAACGCGCGAGGUCUACAACAUGAUGCAGAAAAACGACGUCUUUAUCAUCGCUGCAGCUUUCACAGGCCUCAUCAAACGCUACAUCUGGGUGUGGUCACCAUGGGACAAAGACCAAGGGUUACCCGAUCACAUUGCAAUACCGCUUAAACUUGGAACAGUGAAAAGGAAUGUAGACGGUAAGAUGAUUGAGGACAUCUGUGGCUGUCCUAUCCUGGAAUCUGAUGAGUUGGGCGGCCUAAAAGACGAACAGUGUUUGGUGGCAGACAGCUCUCGUUUCGAGUCUCCCUAUGUGGAGAUGGACGCGGGGAAAUGUAACAUACAGGUAGAAGAUGCAAUGAUGGAAGUAGUGUCGGAGACCAAGGCGAUAGAACUAAUGAAAACCGGUAAUUGGAUUACCUCCCUUGAUAGCGUCAUCCUUGACAUUGAUGAGGACUAUUAUGGAUGCGAGGCUGCGGUUCAGCCUCUGUAUGAUGUAGGCGUAACAGAUAUACAAUUCGGAUGGAUAGCGAUCCUUGUAAGUAAAUUAUUCUGCCCUGCCCUCCCAAGACAAGAGCUCGAGGCUGACAAAUUCUUUGCGGACAUUCUCGACAGGACAAUAAUAAUGAAACAGUUCUGUCAACAAAACAAUGACAACUUUUGUAAGAAGAAAUCCGAAAUGAAGAAAUACAUCUUAACGUCCUUUACAGAUUCUAUCGACGUCAAAAGUAACCUACAAUUGAAACCCGUACUAUGUAAAUCGGCCGCUGUUUCACAGAAAGCUGUAGAAUCUCUUAUUAAACAUUUUGUCAGAUAUAACAUUCAUCAGCUAAAAGCCAUGAAAGAGAUCGGAAUAUGUUUCUCCGUGUCCCCGCGAACGCUUGCCUUUGACCCGUCAGUGGGCAUGCGAACAUGCGAUGGAUUCAACAGACCCAACGAAACCGUUGUUCCGUUCCACACGCCACGGCAGGAGGUAAGCUUCAGGACCAGCCAGCUGAAGGUGAUGCUCAGUUCGGCGGAGAUUCAACCAGGUGUGGUCACUGUGUGUCGUUCUAUGAGGGACGGCUACACACCGAGGAAGUAUUUCCGCGUCAUAGAACAAGAUGUCCUAGGUGUGUUGAAGGACGUGUUUGCUUCUGUCGAUGACACCUCUAUAUUUUACGACCCAUAUCUUCUGGGCGGGACAUUCGGAUGGCCAAACAGACAUUAGAAGUGCGUUAGAGCAAAUGAAAUGUGUACAUGUUCGUCGAGCCGAUAUAAUAAUUUAAGUUCGGAAAAUGCAAUAUAUGUUGUGUUUAGUCAAGACGUAAAAGACAUUAGAUAAUAAUUUUAGUCAAGCAAACAUGAACUGAUACACAUUUAUUGAGUGGUCACUGUGUGUAAUGACAUGUGUGUUUUGAAAGAAACCAUAAAUUUGUGAAAUUGCA